AUGGACCCAGCCGAGAGGAUAGAGAUCGCGUCCAAAUUCCUGCUGCAGUCCCCUCCGGGAGAGAUCAACGACGUCUUGAACGGUACGCAUAUCCGCAACAUCAUCUCGGAUGAUGACUCACUCCAAGCCGGCGUGCAGCCCGCGCUGCAAGAGUACAACCUCGCCCAGUUCAUCAUCGCGGACGUCCCGGGAUGCGAUCACCAAUCCAUAAUCAGCGACGCUGCGCGGUUGGCAGGCGAAGACGAGCAGGAACGGUUCCUCGAUCCGCGAUCAAAGCAGACGUUCGUGUUUGACCACCUAACCCUCGAAACCAGCGAUCCUCAACCGUACGAACCGGAAGCCGAGUCAGAACCUUUGAGAGAGGCACUGGAGAAAGCGACCCUCGACUACCUCUCGAACCACUUCCACGACGGCACCGCGACCGUGUUUUCGACCCCAGGUUCCCCCCUCCGCUUCGUGAUCCAGAUCGUCGCGAAUAAGUACAACCCGAACAACUUCUGGUCCGGACGAUGGCGAUCAGAAUACGUCGUCGAUCUCGCACAGCAGCACGCCGAAGGCCGCAUACUCGUGAACGUCCACUACUACGAGCAAGGAAACGUCCAGCUCGAGACGAAACACGCCGUGCACCUCCCGCUCCCGCCCUCCGUCUCCGCCGACUCGCCUCAGUCGGCGACGAAGGUGGUCGCCCUUAUCGAAGAGGAAGAGAACAAGUACCAGCGCUCGCUGAGUGAGACUUACGCCGACAUGGGUUCCAAGACGUUCAAGGACCUCCGCCGCGCGCUUCCGCUUACAAGGCAGAAGCUCGACUGGGACAGGGUGCUGGGAUACAAGCUGGGCGCAGAGCUGUCCGCGGGGAAAGGCGUCUUGGGCAGUUCGUGAUCAGAUGUCGACGAUACUUCGAAACUGGGACUGGCUCUGUCAGCCGCGCGAUGUGUGCGCACGAAGUUCGAAGAUAGGGGAGAGCGGUGCAACAAAGCUGUAUUUCUAGCCAAACGUUCUAAACCCGCCGCAAAACUGUCGGUUUUCCGCACCUAGCCCGGCCGUUCUUUGCGGCCUUCGGGAUUGGGGGGGAGACAUGUACGGAGAUACGACAAGCAAGACAG